AUGAAUGGAUCAACGAACCAUCAAUCUGAUGACCGAAAAAUUGGCUCCCGGUUUGCAAUCAACGAACAGGAUGUAAUUGAAAGGUGGGCUGAUCCUGAAGAACUGCUGCUUAAUUACCUGAGAAAGAGGCGUAAUUUAUGCCGUUGCACUGGGUACAGACCUAUAGUUGACAGCUUCAGUGCUUUCUCUCCGGAGUGCUGUCCCCUAGCAGGGAGCGGAAAAUGUUGCUUGGAUCAAGAAGGCAAGAAGGGGGAAGAAAGAGAAGAAGAUUUAGCCACAGAGCCUAAAAGAGGAGAUCGGAUGUGUUCAGGUCUCUGCCAGCCAGAAGAAUUUGAGCCCCACGAUCCAACCCAGGACUAUAUAUUUCCACCUGAACUCAUGAGAAUGAGUGAAGAGAACAAAGAAAGAACUCUGGUUUUCUACGGAAAAAGGACUACCUGGAUUUCUCCCGUGACACUACAAGAACUUCUGGGUCUGAAAACCAAGUACCCAAAUGCCCCUCUUGUUGUAGGGAACACAAGUAUAGGACUUGAUAAGAAAAGGCUGGGUAUUUGUUACCCAGUUGUCCUUUAUCCUGCUAGGAUUCCAGAUUUGCAUCUUGUCUCCAUGGCAGACAAUGGGAUAGUGAUUGGUGCGGCAACCCACUUGGCCCAGCUGAGGGACAUCCUGUUAAACGUGGUCCCAGAACUCCCAGCGGAGAAGACGAAGAUUCACCGUACUCUGUUGAAGCAGCUGAGAACCCUGGCGGGAGAACAGAUUAGGAAUCUGGCUUCCUUAGGAGGACACAUUGUAAGUAGAGGGUCGACCUGGGAUCUGAACCCUGUCCUAGCUGCUGGAAAAGCUAUCCUCAAUCUGGCAUCAACAGACGGAACACGACAGGUUCCCCUGAAUGGUGAAUUCCUCGCACGAUUGCCAGAGGCAGACCUUUCUCCAAAAGAGGUCCUAGUCUCAGUUCUGAUUCCGUUCUCAGAAGAAGAUGAAUUUGUGUCCGCGUUCAGACAGGCUGAGCGGAGGAAGAACGCGUUGUCAGUGACCAAUUCGGCAAUGCAAGUCCGGUUCCAGGCGGGCACUGAUGUCAUCGAGGACCUGACGAUUUUAUAUGGAGGCAUUGGCUGUACCACAGUGAGCGCCCCAAACACCUCUCAGAAGCUACGAGGAAGAAACUGGAAUGAGCAGAUGUUGGAUGAAGCUUGCAGGCUCAUUCUUGAAGAAAUUCAGCUCUCACCUUCAGCCCUGGGUGGGAAAGUGGAAUACAGACGAACUCUACUCGUCAGCUUCUUUUUCAGAUUUUAUUUGGAAGUGCUACAGGGUUUAAAGUGCAUGUACCCAUCCGAGUACCCUGGCUUGCCAAAGGAGAACUUGAGCGCCUUGGACGAAUUCCAUGACCAUCCCCCACAGGGCGUGCAAGAAUAUCAGGAUGUCGACCCCCGGCAGCCUCCUCGGGACCCGGUGGGACGUCCCGUCGUGCAUGAGUCUGGGAUUAAGCAUGCCACUGGUGAGGCUGUCUACACCGAUGACAUUGGUCCAGUAGACAGACAGCUCUACAUGGCGGUGGUGACCAGCACACGAGCCCAUGCGAAGAUUCUUUCACCUUACUUUCUGAUGCUUGGUUAUGCCAUGCAGGUACUAUACGUUGGUCACAUCAUCUGUGGUGUGGUCGCAGAGACCUAUGAGCUUGCAAAGGAGGCCACCAAAAAAGUGAAGAUAGAGUAUGAAGAUCUGGAAGUGAUUCUGACAAUUGAGGAUUCCAUUCGGCAUAAUUCAUAUUUCUUAGAAGAAAAGAAAAUUGAACAAGGAAAUGUUGAAGAAGCAUUUCAGACAGUUGACAGAAUUAUUGAAGGUGAGAAUCAUAUUGGAGGGCAGAAACACUUUUACUUGGAAACAAACUGUACUGUUGCGAUUCCAAGAAAAGAGGACAACGAAAUGGAUAUCCAUGUGGCUACCCAGGAUGCUUCAAGUGUACAGCAAUUAGUGGCUACAACGUUGGGUGUCCAGUCCAGCAGGAUCAGGUGCCACACAACACGAGUGGGUGGAGCUUUUGGAGGGAAAUGUACCAAACCUCCAUUUUUUGCAAGUGCAGCAGCCGUGGCAGCACACAAGUAA